GAGUGACCAUGAUGCCCCAGCAGCAGCAGCAGCAGCAGCUCCCUGACGAAGCAAGCUAUGCAAAUAGCACCAGAAUUCCUCUCCCUGGUGACGGACCAGCUCUCCAAUCAAACAGCUCAGCACCAUCCAAGCAAACUGUGCUAUCUUGGCAAGCUGCAAUUGAUGCUGCUAGACAAGCCAAGGCUGCCCAAAACAUGAGCACCACCCCAGCCCAACCAGUAGGAUCUCUGUCCCAAAGAAAGCGCCAGCAAUAUGCCAAGAGCAAAAAACAGGGUAACACAUCCAACAGUCGGCCAGCCCGGGCCCUUUUCUGUUUAUCCCUCAACAACCCAAUCCGAAGAGCCUGCAUUAGUAUAGUAGAAUGGAAACCGUUUGACAUAUUUAUAUUACUGGCUAUUUUUGCCAAUUGUGUGGCCUUAGCUGUUUACAUCCCAUUCCCAGAAGAUGAUUCUAAUUCAACAAAUCAUAACUUGGAAAAAGUAGAAUAUGCCUUCCUGAUAAUUUUUACGAUUGAAACAUUUUUGAAGAUUAUAGCAUAUGGAUUAUUAUUACAUCCCAAUGCGUAUGUUAGAAAUGGAUGGAAUUUACUGGAUUUUGUAAUAGUAAUUGUAGGAUUGUUUAGUGUAAUUUUGGAACAAUUAACCAAAGAAGCAGAAGGUGGUGCCCAUUCAGGUGGAAAACCAGGUGGCUUUGAUGUAAAAGCCCUAAGAGCCUUUCGUGUGUUGCGACCUCUCCGACUUGUAUCAGGAGUGCCCAGUUUACAGGUUGUCCUGAACUCCAUUAUAAAAGCCAUGGUUCCCUUGCUCCAUAUUGCCCUUUUGGUAUUAUUUGUAAUCAUAAUCUAUGCUAUUAUAGGAUUGGAACUUUUUAUUGGAAAAAUGCACAAAUCAUGUUUCUUUGACAAUACAGAGAUGUUAGCUGAAGAUGAUCCUGCACCUUGUGCAUUCUCAGGGAGUGGACGCCAGUGUCCCAUUAAUGGCACUGAAUGUAAGGGUGGCUGGCCCGGACCAAAUGGAGGCAUAACCAACUUUGAUAAUUUUGGCUAUGCAAUGUUAACUGUGUUCCAAUGUAUAACCAUGGAAGGAUGGACUGAUGUGCUAUAUUGGGUAAAUGAUGCAAUAGGAUGUGAAUGGCCAUGGAUCUAUUUUGUUAGUCUUAUCAUUCUUGGCUCAUUUUUCGUUCUUAACCUGGUUCUUGGUGUACUUAGUGGGGAAUUUUCCAAGGAAAGAGAAAAAGCCAAGGCUAGAGGAGAUUUUCAGAAGCUGCGUGAAAAGCAGCAGCUUGAAGAAGAUCUCAAAGGCUAUCUGGACUGGAUUACACAAGCAGAAGACAUUGAUCCUGAGAAUGAAGAGGAAGGUGAUGGAGAAGGCAAACGGAACAGGGUUACGCUGGCUGAUUUAUUAGAUGACAAGAAGAAAAGCAGAUUUAACUGUUGCCGUGGGUCCAACAAACAUGCCAGUAUGCAAGCAAGUGAAACUGAAUCUGUGAACACUGAAAAUGUUGCUGGAGAAGGGGAGAACCCGGCAUGCUGUGGAGCUUUGUGUCAAGUUAUCUCAAAAUCCAAGUUCAGUCGACGCUGGCGACGAUGGAAUCGGUUCAACCGAAGAAGAUGUAGAGCUGCUGUGAAAUCCGUUUCAUUUUAUUGGUUAGUUAUUGUACUGGUCUUCCUGAACACAUUAACUAUCUCAUCGGAGCAUUACGAUCAGCCUGAUUGGUUGACACAAAUACAAGAUAUUGCAAACAAAGUUCUUCUGGCUUUAUUCACCUGUGAAAUGUUAGUAAAAAUGUACAGUCUGGGCCUGCAGUCUUACUUUGUGUCCCUUUUUAAUCGUUUUGACUGCUUCGUGGUCUGUGGCGGCAUUGUUGAAACCAUCUUGGUGGAGUUGGAAAUUAUGUCACCCCUUGGAAUUUCAGUGUUCCGCUGUGUUCGUCUCCUCCGUAUUUUUAAAGUGACCAGGCACUGGACAUCCCUGAGCAACUUGGUAGCAUCCUUGUUAAACUCAAUGAAGUCCAUUGCUUCACUGUUGCUUCUGCUUUUCCUCUUCAUCAUAAUCUUCUCAUUGCUUGGAAUGCAGCUGUUUGGAGGCAAAUUUAAUUUUGAUGAAACUCAAACAAAACGGAGCACCUUCGAUAAUUUCCCACAAGCUCUUUUAACUGUAUUCCAGAUUCUAACAGGUGAAGACUGGAAUGCGGUUAUGUAUGAUGGCAUUAUGGCAUAUGGUGGCCCAUCGUCAUCAGGAAUGGUAGUUUGUAUAUAUUUCAUCAUCCUCUUCAUCUGCGGUAACUAUAUCUUAUUAAACGUCUUCUUGGCCAUUGCGGUUGAUAAUCUGGCAGAUGCUGAAAGUCUAAACACUGCUCAGAAAGAAGAAGCAGAGGAAAAAGAGAGGAAGAAGACCGCCAGAAAAGAGAGUUUGGAUAAUAAAAAAGGGGACAAACCAGACGGGGAACAAAAGAAGAUGAAGGAUGCAAAGGUUACAAUUAAUGAAUAUGGAGAAGGAGAUGAAGAAGACAAAGAUCCCUAUCCGCCUUGUGAUGUUCCAGUAGGUGAAGAGGAAGAGGAGGAGGAAGAAGAGCCAGAAGUGCCUGCUGGUCCUCGACCCCGAAGGAUAUCUGAACUUAAUAUGAAGGAGAAGAUGACACCAAUCCCUGAAGGAAGUUCCUUCUUUAUUUUCAGCAAUACAAACCCGAUCCGAGUGGGAUGUCACAGGCUGAUCAACCACCACAUUUUUACCAACCUCAUUCUCGUCUUCAUCAUGCUUAGCAGUGCUUCCCUUGCAGCUGAAGACCCGAUCCGCAGCCAUUCUUUUCGAAAUAACAUACUUGGUUACUUUGACUAUGCUUUCACAGCCAUCUUUACUGUUGAAAUCCUGUUAAAGCUGACAGUGUUUGGAGCAUUCCUUCAUAAAGGGUCUUUCUGUCGAAAUUACUUCAACUUGCUGGACUUGUUGGUAGUGGGUGUUUCUCUUGUGUCAUUUGGCAUUCAAUCAAGUGCUAUCUCAGUUGUGAAGAUUCUGAGAGUUUUAAGAGUCUUAAGGCCCCUAAGAGCUAUUAACAGAGCAAAAGGACUUAAGCAUGUUGUUCAGUGUGUCUUUGUCGCUAUUCGAACUAUUGGUAAUAUCAUGAUUGUUACAACUCUGCUCCAGUUCAUGUUUGCCUGUAUUGGUGUCCAACUCUUUAAGGGAAAAUUCUAUCGAUGCACAGAUGAAGCAAAACAAAACCCUGUGGAGUGCCGGGGAAUAUUUAUUGUUUAUAAAGAUGGAGAAGUGGAUAGCCCGAUGGUGAGAGAGAGAAUAUGGCAGAACAGUGAUUUCAACUUUGAUAACGUGCUUACUGCUAUGAUGGCUCUUUUUACUGUUUCGACUUUUGAAGGCUGGCCUGCGCUUCUUUAUAAAGCUAUAGACUCAAAUGGGGAGAACAUUGGUCCUAUCUACAAUUACAGAGUGGAGAUCUCUAUUUUCUUCAUCAUCUACAUCAUCAUUAUUGCUUUCUUCAUGAUGAACAUAUUUGUUGGCUUUGUAAUUGUUACAUUCCAAGAACAGGGAGAACAAGAAUACAAGAACUGUGAGCUGGACAAAAAUCAGCGUCAGUGUGUGGAAUAUGCUUUGAAAGCACGACCUUUGCGUAGAUACAUUCCAAAAAACCCUUACCAAUACAAAUUCUGGUAUAUGGUGAACUCUACUGUCUUUGAAUACAUCAUGUUCGUCCUCAUCAUGCUGAACACGCUUUGCUUGGCUAUGCAGCACUAUGGGCAGUCUAAACUUUUUAAUGAUGCAAUGGAUAUUCUGAAUAUGGUUUUUACUGCAGUGUUUACUGUUGAAAUGGUUCUGAAACUCAUUGCAUUUAAGCCCAAGAUUUGUGUGCCAAAAAAGAAAAGAUAUCUAGGCUAUUUUAGUGAUGCCUGGAACUCGUUUGACUCCCUCGUCGUUCUUGGCAGCAUAGUAGACAUCGUUCUCAGUGAAGCUGAUCCAAAGCCAACUGAAACAGUCACAACUGAUGAGUCUGGGAACAGCGAAGACAGCGCAAGAAUCUCCAUCACCUUUUUCCGGCUUUUCCGAGUGAUGCGAUUGGUGAAGCUCCUUAGCCGGGGUGAAGGGAUCAGAACUUUGCUGUGGACAUUUAUUAAGUCAUUUCAGGCUCUGCCAUACGUUGCUCUUUUGAUAGCAAUGUUGUUUUUCAUCUAUGCGGUUAUUGGAAUGCAGGUAUUUGGCAAAGUUGCUCUGAGGGAUGGUAGUCAAAUUAACAGGAACAACAACUUUCAGACUUUUCCCCAAGCGGUGCUGCUUCUCUUCCGAUGUGCCACAGGAGAAGCUUGGCAGGAGAUCAUGUUGGCUUGUAUGCCAGGGAAACGAUGUGAUCCAGACUCUGAUUAUAACCCAGGAGAGGAAUUCACAUGUGGAAGCAAUUUUGCCAUUAUUUAUUUCAUCAGUUUUUAUAUGUUGUGUGCUUUUUUGAUUAUCAACCUCUUUGUGGCUGUCAUCAUGGACAACUUUGAUUAUCUGACACGUGAUUGGUCUAUUCUUGGUCCACAUCAUCUAGAUGAAUUUAAAAGAAUAUGGUCAGAAUAUGAUCCUGAAGCAAAGGGGAGAAUAAAACACCUUGACGUUGUUACCUUGUUGCGACGCAUACAGCCUCCUCUUGGUUUUGGUAAAUUAUGUCCUCACAGAGUUGCGUGCAAGAGGUUGGUAGCCAUGAACAUGCCCCUAAACAGUGAUGGAACUGUUAUGUUUAAUGCUACUUUAUUUGCUUUAGUAAGAACAGCCCUGAAGAUUAAAACAGAAGGAAACCUAGAGCAAGCAAAUGAAGAACUCAGGGCAGUUAUAAAGAAAAUCUGGAAGAAAACUAGUAUGAAACUCCUUGACCAAGUUGUUCCUCCUGCUGGAGAUGAUGAGGUAACCGUGGGGAAGUUCUAUGCCACCUUCCUGAUACAGGACUACUUUAGGAAAUUCAAGAAACGGAAAGAACAAGGACUGGUGGGGAAAUAUCCUGCAAAGAACACCACAAUUGCACUACAGGCUGGACUAAGGACACUUCAUGACAUUGGACCUGAAAUUCGGCGAGCAAUAUCCUGUGAUUUGCAAGAAGAUGAACCUGAACAAAAUCAUCAUGAGGAAGAGGAAGUUUAUAAAAGAAAUGGUGCCCUGUUUGGAAACCAUGUAAACCACGUUAGCAGUGAUACAAGAGAUUCGUUUCAACAGAUCAAUACCACACACCGUCCCCUGCAUGUCCAAAGGCCUUCAAUUCCAUCUGUGGGUGAGACUACGGAGAAAAAUGUGCAUCAUCCGACAGGAAACUCUUUAUUCCAUAACCAUCAUAGCCAUCAUAACCAUCAUAACCACAACUCAGUAGGGAAGCAAGUUCCAAACUCAACAAAUGCUAACCUCAAUAAUGCCAACAUGUCCAAAGUGGCUAAUGGAAAACACACACGCACUGGAAGUCAUGAGCAUAUAUCUGAAACCACUCACCGUCCACACUCCAGAAGUGAUCGUCAUGAGAAACAUAGAAGAUCCACCAAUAGGAGAUCUCGUUAUUAUGAAACUUACAUUAGGUCAGAAUCAGGGGAUCGGCAUCUACCAACGAUAUGCCGAGAAGAUCAUGAAAUUCGAGAUUAUUAUAACGAUGAUUGUUAUUUGGAUGAUCAGGACUAUUUUAGUGGUGAUGAGUAUUAUGAAGAAGACAGUAUGCUGUCAGGAAGCAGGCAUACUCAUGACUAUCACAACAGAUAUCACUGUAAUGAUUUAGAUUUUGAACGUCCAAAGGGUUACCAUCAUCCACAUGGUUUCUUUGAAGAAGAUGAGGCACAGGUGUGCUAUGAUUCAAAAAGAUCUCCUAGGAGACGGCUGCUACCUCCAACACCUCCACCAAAUCGGCGCUCUUCCUUUAAUUUUGAAUGCCUCCGCAGACAGGGCAGUCAAGAUGAAAUCCCACUUUCCCCAACCUUUCAUCACCACACUGCUUUACCCCUGCAUUUAAUGCAACAGCAGGUCAUGGCUGUUGCAGGGCUGGAUGCCACGAAAGCGCAUAGACAUUCCCCCAGCCGUUCCACGCGUUCCUGGGCCACCCCACCAGCUACCCCGCCCAACCGGGACCGUACUCCGUAUUAUACGCCUCUCAUCCAAGUUGACCGAGCAGAAUCUACGGAAUAUAUGAACGGCAGCCUCCCGUCUUUGCACAGGAGCUCCUGGUACACGGAUGACCCUGACAUUGCCUAUCGGACAUUUACACCAGCUAAUUUAACUGUACCGAGUGACUUCAGGCACAAGCAGAGCGACAAGCAAAGAAGUGCAGACAGUUUGGUGGAAGCGGUACUUAUAUCUGAAGGAUUAGGACGGUAUGCAAAGGACCCAAAGUUUGUUUCUGCUACAAAACAUGAGAUUGCAGAUGCUUGUGACAUGACUAUUGAUGAGAUGGAGAGUGCUGCAAGUAAUCUUCUCAACGGGAACAUUAGCAAUGGGACCAAUGGCGACAUGUUCCCCAUUUUAAACAGGCAGGAUUAUGAACUUCAAGACUUUGGUCCUGGCUAUAGUGAUGAAGAGCCAGAGACUGGUAAAUAUGAAGAAGACUUAGCUGAUGAAAUGAUAUGCAUUACAACCUUAUAGUAUUUAGUAAGAAAAAAAAAUGUUUGAUUUAAGAUAAACAAAAGUGCCUCAUAGUUCCAAGAUGCUAGGCACUAGUUGGAAUUAAUAAGGAAUCAAGCUUUGCACGGGUGAUGAUGUCACGUCGCAAGGAAGCCAUACUUUUAUUUAUUAAUAAGUUCUCCAGUAUGGUAAUUGGGAUCAGAGUGGCAGGACGUCAACAAGGCCUUUGCUACAGAAUCUUGGGCUCAUCCAUGAGUGAAGGCUGAUCUUUAGAUUCAAGGAGAUUCUACCAGCCUGUUUUUCAAACAGCGAGGAAGUUGAGAGUUAGUUGCCUUUCAGUUUUGUGCUGCUGCCCUUCGGAGCGUAAAGGUUUCUCAGUGGAAUAAGGUUUGGCACUAAAAAAAAGGGUCUUCAGGAGAAGGAUUAGGGUGAUGACAAUCAAAAGUGUCAUUACCUCCAAUUACACAGCAUAUCAAAUGUUCACUGCAUUCAGCAUAUCUGCUCAAAUAUUUGUUUCCAAAUUUGCCUCCUCUUUUUUUCUUUUUCUUUUUUUAGUAUUUGCCUAACACACUUUGUCAAACUCUACCUACAAGAGAUUGUUUUAUUGGAAUGAUG